GCGUGAGCCACGCGACCUCUGUUGAAAGCAGCCCUCAGGGCAGCCCUGCUUCUCCUCCUGCCAACAUCGCUACGCUCCAGCCGAGCUCAGACCAAGCCUUUCAAAACGUUAACAUUCCAUCGCAAGUCUACCUCAAUGAGUGGCACAGUGUCAAUGCUGGCGCGCGCAAAACAGCUGCGCGAUGAACAGCACGCGAUCCUCGCCGAAAUCCAGCGCCUCCGAAUUCGGCAUGGCCAGAUAACUCGCGAGCUGUCGUCGCUUCCCUUGAUAAACUCCCUACCGCCAGAGCUCCUCGCCGAAGUCUUCAUGAUCGUCGUCGCGGGCUUGAACCUCGACAGAGCAGGCGCGCUGAUCUGGUAUGUUCUUCAAGUGCCGUGCCAGGUCUGCUCGUACUGGCGGGCGGUCGCGCGCUGCACUCCGGCCCUGUGGUCGCUGCUAGACCUGGACUACAUCAAGGGCAUGGACGACCCGGUCUUGCGUCUGCAGCUGGAACUCUCGGGCACGGCUCCGCUGAAGAUAGUCAGCCGCGGUCAUAAAGCGCGGAAUGUCCGGGCCGUCCUCAGUGGGCUGUCGAGCGCGGAUGCUGCGCGCAUAGCAGACAUCAAAGUCGAAGGGGAUGGUAUUACCCUCCGGGACGUACCUGCCCGUGAGCUUCCCACCCUUGCCUCUGUCGAAGUCAUCCUCUCCCGCAUAUAUGAUGGGCGCGCGCUCGACUUCUUGGCGCACGCGCCUGCGGUGACCCGUCUGUGGCUCACUACGCAGUAUCUUUGCUCGGACCGACAGGUGGAGAGAAACACCAGUUUCCCUGAUCUCAAAGUGCUCAGUUUCGCCAAUCUCACCCACCUGUCGAUCUUCAUUCACAAUGGACUUCCCAUCUCUACACUCUUCCCCGCGAUCUCGCGUUUCGCACCCUCGCUAUACGACUUCCAGAUGACGGCAAACUGCCCCCUCAUGUGGCCGGAGAAGGCUGCGACCACCAUCUAUGACCUCCCCGCGCUGCGCCAUCUCAUCCUCGACAUGUACACGCACAAACUCCUCACCCACAUCACUGCUCCCGCUCUGGAGGAGGUCAUCGUCGGCGGGCUGGAGUUCGCGAGCGGAGACCCGAUGGCGUCCCUCCUGAACCUCCUCGAGCGCUCGAACGAGCUGCCCAUCCGCGAGUUCAAGCUGAUGGAGCCGGUGGACACGAGCUUGGACACUAUCCUGCGCUGCUUCAAGCGCAUGCCGCACAUCCGCAGGCUAUGUCUGGAGCAGGCACCGUAUAUGAUGGAGCUAAUGGAGGCGCUGGUGUGCGUGAAGAACAAGCCGCCGCUGCUGCCGGAACUCGAGUCGCUCUUCAUGCAAUUCCUGCCUGAUUCGAUGGAUGGGAUGCCUGCAGGUCCGGCGGUCGAGACGGCGAUCAAGCGGCUGCUUCGUUCGCGACAGGACCCCCGUGUAUGCGCAGGACGCGCUGUGGCGGUACUUCGGGAGUUGACGACGGAUGUUCGCUGAAGUUGAAGCCCCCUACAGACUCAGUAUGCUACUUUUUUUGGUCGUUCCGCAUUCAUUGUCACAGAUAAAGAGCUCGAAAUCUUGCAAUGGCACACCGCACCCUGUCAUUUACACACCUACCACUCGUUGUGAGCAAGUCGAACAUCAGAAUCAUAUAACAAGACAUAGUCGCAUAGACUGUAUGUAAGUAUACAAUGAAGAGUACAUUUUGUGUCCUAA